CCAGACCUCCUCUCACUCACUCAUCUGCGAAAGUGUAAAAGCAAGAAAAACCAGACUGGAGCUGCAGCUCUCUGGACCUAUGUGGAGGUCCUGGCCAGGGUUUCCAGAUCUGAACACAAAAUAGCCAGGACAAGACUCCACCAGACCCUGGGGCCCAGCGGCUGACAACUGACCUGACAGUCGCCUGCCGCCACGCUGUGCCUGAGUGAGGAGAGGUAUAAGCAUCAGCCGGAGCCACCCAGCUAACAUCUCUGCUGACUCUGAAUGGGCAGCGUCAGCCUCAGAAUUCACUAGAUCCUGACCUCAGACACAGAGCAGUCUGGCCUCAGCCUCCUCAGUGCUGGGAUGACAGCCCAGUCUUCUGGGACGGCUCCAGUAGAAGAAAGCCAAAGCCUGUCUGUCCAUGGCGGGAUGCCGGGAGACGGAGGUGAGCAACGGCUCCGAUGGUGGCUCGGAGUUCAACCCCAUGAAGGAGUACAUGAUCCUGAGCGACGCCCAGCAGAUAGCUGUGGCGGUGCUGUGCACCCUGAUGGGGCUGCUGAGCGCCCUGGAGAACGUGGCCGUGCUCUAUCUUAUCCUGUCCUCCCGGCGGCUCCGCAGGAAGCCCUCGUACCUGUUCAUCGGCAGCUUGGCUGGAGCUGACUUCCUGGCCAGCGUGAUCUUCGCCUGCAACUUUGUCAUCUUCCACGUUUUCCACGGGGUCGACUCCAAGGCUGUCUUCCUGCUGAAGAUUGGCAGUGUGACCAUGACCUUCACGGCCUCCGUGGGCAGCCUGCUGCUGACCGCUGUUGACCGUUACCUAUGUCUGUGCUACCCACCUACCUACAAAGCUCUAGUCACCCGUGGGAGGGCACUGGUGGCCCUUUGUGUCAUGUGGAUCCUCUCGGCAUUGAUCUCUUACCUGCCGCUCAUGGGGUGGACUUGUUGCCCUAGUCCCUGCUCUGAGCUUUUCCCGCUGAUCCCCAACGACUACCUACUGGGCUGGCUUCUAUUCAUUGCCAUCCUCUUUUCGGGUAUCAUCUAUACCUAUGGGUAUGUUCUCUGGAAAGCCCACCAGCACGUAGCCAGCUUGGCAGAGCACCAGGACAGGCAGGUGCCUGGGAUAGCUCGGAUGCGGCUAGAUGUGAGAUUGGCCAAGACUCUGGGCCUGGUCCUGGCUGUGCUACUCUUAUGCUGGUUUCCUGCACUGGCUCUCAUGGGCCACAGUCUGGUCACCACGCUGAGUGACCGGGUCAAGGAGGCCUUCGCCUUCUGUUCCAUGCUGUGCCUUGUUAACUCUAUGGUGAAUCCCAUCAUUUAUGCCCUGCGGAGUGGAGAGAUCCGCUCUGCUGCCCAGCAUUGCCUGACAGGCUGGAAGAAGUAUCUACAGGGCCUUGGGCCUGAGGGGAAAGAAGAAGGCCCGAGGUCCUCUGUUACAGAGACAGAGGCUGAUGUGAAAACCAUCACGGGGCCGGGAUCCAGAACUCCAGUCUGCUCCAACUGCUGACACCACCUGUCUUUCUAUUGGAAACGGCCAAGUCAGAAGACAGUUCGCUCCCUCAAGGAGAAAGAGGGUCCCAGACCCUGAAUCUUUCUGAAGCCAGCUCUAGGGUAAUAGAAACAGCACCCCCCCAUUUUUUUUUUUGCUAAGGAGUGCUGGUUUCAUGGCUGGAAGGUGGCCUGGUCAUGCCUACCUUACACAGUCUGUGGAGAGAGAGGCCUGUAAGAAUGGCAGGCUCUGUUCACAUCGAAUCAGGAAACCCUCCUGACUCCAAACACCUAGAGGCCAGAGGGGCCUCCAUAGAUGAUAAUCAAGGACUCAGGAGAUCUGGGAAGGCAAGGGACCUGUUCUCCUGGAAUCUAGAGUACCCCAGCCGCGGGGCAAUGCCCACAACUUCAUAGAUGUCCAUGUCUUCCAUAGUGUGGAUUCUAGACUGUCCUGCUGAGGAUUGAUAGAGAGACCAGCUAGUUCUGGUUCCUGCUUCAUCCUCCGUGGCUGGGGAGCUAUGUGAGGCGACACCUCCAGGCCACCCUUGCCUCUUGAGGGUCAAGAAUUAUGACGUACUAAGGACCAAGGAUAUUCACUUACUUCCUUUGGACAGAGUCACAAGCUGUCAGCUCAGGGUAUCCUAUUGUUGGGAAAGGGCCCCCCCUAACAUCCUGAUAAGCCUUGAUGUCCUUAAGGACCCAGAGGAAGCUGCGUCCACUGGAGGCGCAGAGUCUUCAGCUAUUCCUUGUGACAUUUUGCUGUGUCUCACAUAGCAGCAUCCCAGUCUAGCCUAGCUUCAGUAGAAAGCAAGAUAUUCACACAGGUUGUCUGGGUCCUAGAUUGUUCCUAGUGAUGCUCAACUCAGCGCCCCCUCCCCAAACCCCACCCCCUUGCCUCUUCCACACUCUGGUCCUGAAGGGUAAGCAGAAGGAGUUGGGAGGGAAGACUUCCUGCAGCGGACUAGGCAUCCUCGGUCCACAGCCCCAUGCUGUGUCUCUGGGUACCUGCAUUUUACCUUCAGUAAAGGCUGCAUUCCCAACGGAUGGAGGUUCAAGGCACUGCUGGUGGUAGGAGAGGUAGGUAGCGCUGGGGACAACAGACACAGUGAAAGGAAAACUUUUUUUUUUUUUGGUUUUUCGAGACAGGGGUUCUCUGUGUAUUCCUGGCUGUCCUGGAACUCACUCUGUAGACCAGGCUGGCCUCGAACUCAGAAAUCCGCCUGCCUCUGCUUCCCAAGUGCUGGGAUUAAAGGCAUGUGCCACCACGGCCCGGCGAAAGGAAAACUCUUAAACAUUUAAUACUUUUGCUUUUAGUAGAUCCAGCCAGCAGACCAGACUUCCCCAUUGCCCAGAGGAACUAACAGGGUGGUGUCCAGUGCAAAGAAAAAUCAGCCUCCCCCAAUGAAGCAGGGCAGCCCGCUCAGCUAUACACCCUCUCAGAUGCCUCUGAGAGAGGACAUUUUGUUUCCUCUGUGAAGGUCAAGCGAAGGUCACAGUGUCUCAUUUUAUUCUUCCCAAGACAAGUUCUGUGCAUUAAAAGCCAUCGCAAAUUCUAAUCGCUAUCUGGGAGGAUCAGGGGAAGAAGUUGAUUCGCCCAAGCUUAGUGUUUUAGACCACAUUUCAACACAAACUUGGGAAGGAAGAGACAGAAAAUGCACUGUGUUCCCUUAUUACUCCCCAGAGGAGGAAGUGCUUGGUUCUGUCAACAUAAGCUGGUUUCUCCAAGGCGCCAGACAGAGCAGGUGGGGACACGGUUUACACAGCUGUGAAUUCCAGCACCACCUCUGGCCCACACUUACGUGGUCUUGGGCAAACCCCUCCCCUUUACUUUGCUUUGGUUUCCUCUUUGGUAAAUUGGGAAUGGUAGGAAAGAAGAUGCUAUCAAAGGGCAUUAAAACCUCUUAUUGCUCUAA